AUGCAUCGGCACAUAUACCGCCAGAUAUUGGUUAGCCGUGAAGACGGCGAUGCCGCCGCUGCUGUUCCUGAGUGCGAGAUUUCUCCUUCAAGCACGGAUUACUGGGGCCUGCGGAUUGCAUCCAUCUUCGUCAUUCUCAUCGGCUCGGCGCUCGGCGCCCUCCUACCUGUCUUCCUUGCCAGAACCUCGAGGAUGCAGGUGCCCAAGCUGUGCUUCUUCAUCGCCAAGUACUUUGGUACUGGCGUGAUUCUGGCCACAGCCUGGAUGCACCUUCUCUCCCCUGCGUCUGAUAAUCUUCGCGAUGAAUGCCUCGCAAACAUUUUGCCCGACUACGAUUGGGCCAUGGCUAUCGGCUUGAUGACGGUCAUGGUCAUGUUUCUCUUGGAGCUUAUUGUCUCACGCUUUGACUUCGGCUUUGGUUCCGCCCACGAUCACAGUAAUGAGAAGAGCCUAGAGACCAAAGACCAAAACCAGGCUGUUAUACGGCACUCGCAGGAUGCCGAGGCCAUUGGCUCAAACAAGUCGGCCGAUACAUCCACCGUCGCUGGGAGCACUUCUGGGGGUGGUUUUUUUGACAAAAGUAGAGUCCCCGGCUUGCGCAACGACAUCAGCUACCCGCCCGGCGGAGAGGACCACCUGGGUCACCAGCGAGACCAUGUCCAAGGCGACGAGCAUGCCAACUACGCCGCGCAGAUCACAGCGAUCUUUGUCCUUGAGUUCGGCGUCAUCUUCCACUCCAUCUUCAUUGGCCUCACCCUCGCCGUCACCGACAACUUCAUAAUCCUCUUCGUUGUCUUGAUCUUCCACCAGACCUUCGAGGGACUCGGGCUGGGCGCGCGUCUUGGCAUGGCGACCUGGCCUCCUGGCGCGCGCCGAUGGACUCCGUAUGCCCUCGGCCUGCUGUAUGCUGUCAGCACGCCGUUUGCCAUCGGGAUGGGGCUCAUCGCGACCAAGUCACUUGCUCUGGAGGCUGCCACAAGCAGGGUCGUGAAUGGCGUCUUCGAUGCCAUCAGCGGCGGCAUCCUCAUGUACACCGCGCUUGUUGAGUUGGUCGCGCAUGAAUUCAUGUUCAACCCAGAGAUGCGGAAAGCGGGACUGGGCAUGCAGCUUUCUGCGUACAUGUGCGUUGCCUUGGGGGUUGGGCUGAUGGCGCUUCUGGCGAAGUGGGCCUGA